AUGGAUUUCUUGAAUUUCUCCGGGGUGUUGGACGAGCGGAAUACCACAUACACCAACUCCUCGGCUACCAGGGACAGUGAGUACUCUCUCCUCUCAGUAACCGGACUGACAGUAGUCGUGGGCUUCCUCAUCCUGUUUACCAUUGUGGGCAACGUGCUGGUGGUCAUCGCCGUGUUGACCAGCCGCGCUCUCAAACCGCCGCAGAACCUCUUUCUGGUGUCCCUGGCCAGCGCGGACAUCCUAGUGGCUACUCUCGUCAUGCCUUUCUCUUUAGCUAACGAACUCAUGGGCUACUGGUUCUUCGGGAAAGUUUGGUGCGACAUCUACUUGGCGUUGGACGUCCUCUUUUGCACGUCGUCUAUAGUUCACCUGUGCGCUAUCAGUCUCGAUCGUUAUUGGUCGAUCACCCAGGCGAUAGAAUACAACCAGAAGCGGACGCCUACACGGCUAAACGGGAUGAUCGUGGUGGUCUGGCUGAUCUCGGCCGUUAUUUCCUUUCCGCCGUUGAUCUCCAUGGACAGGAGCAGCGGAGGGGAGAUCAGUCCUCAGUGUCGGCUGAACGAUGAGACCUGGUAUAUUCUCUACUCCAGCAUAGGAUCCUUCUUCGCUCCCUGCGUUAUCAUGAUACUAGUGUACAUCAGGAUCUACCAGGUUGCUAAGACGCGGACGAGGACCAUGUCAGAGAAGAAGAGAGAGGUGGAGGACAACGGAACUGCCCCGUUACACGUUAACGGGUUGGGGCAGGGGGGCGAGGAGGAGGGGUGCGGAGGAUCUCUGAAGGAAAACGGUGGCGGCGAAGGGUUUGCCCGGGAGAACGGGCACUGCCAGAGCCAGCAGAAGACGCCGGUGCCACAGGGGAUGUUACCCAACGAACCCAAAUUAACCCCCGACCCCGACGACGGAGACGACUUUGACGACAGCAGCUCGUCGGACGAAAAACCCACAUCCGCCAAAAAACAUUCCCAUUCCUCUUCCUCUUCCCAUCAGCAUCAACACCAUCACCACCACCACCACCACCAUCACCAUGACGACAAGAAGGAUUCCAAACCUUCAGAGAGAAGGAAGUCCACAGGAAGCAGGAAGAGCAGCUUGGCUUCGUCCAAACGCUCAGAGAGCAAGAAGUCGCGUGCCAGCUCUAAGUCCAUGGAGCUGUUUUCGUCCCGUAGGAAGCGGAGGAGCACCGUCAACAGGAACAAAAUCACAGCGGCGAGGGAGAAGAGGUUUACGUUCGUCUUGGCGGUGGUGAUGGGCGUCUUCGUGAUCUGCUGGUUCCCCUUCUUCUUCAGCUACAGCCUGUAUGGAGUGUGCCGGGCGCCGUGUGAGAUCCCCCAGUCUCUUUUUAAGUUCUUCUUCUGGAUAGGCUACGUCAACAGCUCCCUCAACCCCGUCAUCUACACCAUCUUCAACCAGGACUUCAGACGAGCAUUCCAGAAGAUUCUAGUCUGCAAGUCAGGGAAGAGGUCUUUCUGAACGUGAAUAGUCCAACAGUAUAUACUGUACAGUACAUGGACCUAUAUACAAGUCAG